UCACGUGAUCAGGAGCCGACGUGUGCAGAAGUCCCUCUCCUCCAGGUACCAGCUCCCUAUUGCCGCGGAAGAAGGCAGACUUCAGAUUAAGGGACAGAGGUGGGCAACUGCCCUAUAGACCUGCAGGUCUUCAGGUCUGUGAUUGUGGACAGCAACAAAGAAAAGAGGAGAAAAGACCUGUGGAGACUGCAGGACAGGAAAAAGAGAACAUCUCAACAUGGAAAAAUUCUACAAAGAAAAUGAAGGAAAGCCUGAGAAUGAGGGAAAGACAGAAGAUGAAGGGAGUACAGAAGAUGAAGGAAAAUCAGAUGAAGAAGAAAAGCCAGACGAGGAGGGGAAGCCAGCAAGGGAGGGCAAGCUAGAGGAUGAGGGAGAGCCAGAUGAGGAGGGACAACCGAAAGAUGGGGGCAAGGCAGAAAAGCAGGGCAAGUCGGAAGGUCAGAGCAAGCCACCAGGUGAGGGCAAGCCAGAAUCCCAGGCAAAGCCAGCCAGCGAGCCUCGGGCCGCCGAAAAGCGCCCGGCUGAAGAUUAUGUGCCCCGGAAAGCAAAAAGAAAAACGGACAGGGGCACCGACGAUUCCCCCAAGGACUCUCAGGAGGACUUACAGGACAGGCAUCUGAGCAGUGAGGAGAUGAUGAGAGAAUGUGCAGAUGUGUCAAGGGCUCAGGAAGAGCUAAGGAAAAAACAACAGAAAAUGGGUAGUUUUCACUGGAUGCAAAGAGAUGCUCAGGAUGCGUUCGCCCCAAGGGGCCAAAGGGGUGUCAGGGGAGUGAGAGGCGGAGGUAGGGGCCAGAAGGACUUAGAAGAUGUUCCAUAUGUCUAAUUCUUUGGCCUUUAAUUACAAUUUCUCUGAUGGGAUUAUUGCCAGCCCUGCUUUCCCUGGCAGGCAUUUGCCGGGCUAUGUGCUUUAACCUUAUGCUGAUACUUACCUUUAGGUGUCACUCUUGUUACCAGCAGACUUUUGACCUAACUAUAGUGCUGUCUUUUAGUAGAGGAUUUUCACCCAUGUGCAUGGAAGAGAUGUUCAUGGUUUAUUGUAAGACAACAAUAAAAACCAGUUUUUCAGAACCACAUAUGCAGUAUCAGGUA